GUGUGCGGUGAUUUAGGUUGUGUGUGGUGAUUGGAGUCGGUUAUUGGGUUGGAUGGGGUGGGUGGGUAGCAGAUAGCACAGCUAGUGCCUGUAAAUGCGCCGUCAAGGGUACUGGGAUGUGUGGGUGGGCGGGAGUGUGUUCGUUGUUUGGCCGACUUGGUGCAGGACGGAUACAGAUAGGUAGUAAACGUGCGUGCCCGUGCCCGUACGGCAUCGUACCGCGGCCGCGCUGGCGGCGGGCCAUCUGGCGGCCGGGGAAUGUCACGGAGGGACAGGUCGGAUUCAAUUCGCAGGCUUCGCUAUCCAGUACCUAUGUAGCAGGCGCAGGCAUGUAAAAGGUGUGGCCGUACUCCGUACUGUACAAAUACCCCCUCGGUUGGA